UCUGUUAAAUAAGUAAACGGAGAGGCCUUUACAUAUGUGUUCAAUUCUACUACUACUACUAGUACUUUCAAUCGUCAAUGUCGCACAUGAGAGAAGAUCCCGCGAUGGAAUACCAGGAAUAAUUCUAUUGUCACCAAUAAGAGUAAAUGUUUCCAGCCAAGUAAAGAUGUCCAAAGAUAAGGAUAUUUUUGAUAGCGACUCGGGAGAGGAAGUUAAUUUCAAGAUAAAUGAAGACUAUGCUGAGCGCUAUGAUAAAUGGAGAUAUAAAGAGGAAUAUGAAAAAUUAAAAGCUCGGGCUGACACCUUAGAGUCAUCAUCUGAUGAAUCCUCGGAUGAGGAAGGGGGUGGCAAGAACUUUGGCAAGCCCACCAACCCAGAAUUUGAUCGUGAGUUUUUGAUGUCAAUUGGGACAAUUUACAAGCAUAAGACUGGAGAUGUGGAUGUAAAAGAUGUUCAGUUUUUCACUGGUGAUUAUAGAGUUGAGAAAGAGAAGGAAGAAAAGCCAAUGACUUUGAAAGAUUUUGAGCGUCAUGUAAUUGUAGAGCGCAAAGGAAAGUUUGAGGAAGAUGAGGUGAAUGCUGAAGAGAAUGGAACUGCAGUUCCAAAGAGUUUUGAAAAAAUCAAGUUUGAUGAUGGACUUGAUGACAGUGAUGAUGACGACAGUGAUGGACUGCUUACAUCAGGUCUUUUCAAGCCCAAAGAAGAUAUGAGUGAGGAGACUCAGGAACCUCCAAAGAAUGAAGCUGUAGAAUUUGUUAAAGGUAAAAAAUCUGCAUUAGGUGAUGAAAAACAACAGAACAUACUAGAAACUGUAAAAACUGUAUGGAGCAGUGACAAGUUGUCCAAAAAAGAUAAAUGGUUGGUUGACUUUUUCCUCAAUGAAAGUCCUGAACAUGUUGAUGAGUUUGCAGAGUCCAAGGAUGACAUUGGUAGCUCCUCUGUGGCCACAGGCGGAAUGGUUUCCGGAUCUGCUGUCGUUGUUGUCGGAGGUGCCAAGGGAGAUCCUCCCAUGGCGGAAUCUUCUUUGUCACCCAAACGUAGAAAGAUUCCACCAGUCAGUAGAAUCCCUGUCUCUUCACAGUUGGAGGCUAUCAAGUAUCUCCUUCAAGCGAGAGGCUUUUCUCAGAAGACAGCAGGGCAUAUGUCCAGCAAUCUCAGAAAAUCUACCUCUGCCGCUUACCAAGGGAAGUGCGAUAAGAGGCAAACUUUUGUAAAAAAAAAAAAAAAAAAAAAAAAAAAAAAAAAAAAAAAAAAAAAAAAAAAAAAAAAAAAAAAAAAAAAAAAAAAAAAAAAAAAAAAAAAAAAAAAAAAAAAAAAAAAAGUACGAAAACUGAAACAUAUGAAAAGAGGGGUGUAUGAAAACCGAGGUUUUACUGUCUUUGCCCACAGGUCCUUGGUAUGGUUUUUCCUUGAACCUAUGAUGGAUGCUCAACAAGUUGUGUUUGCUUACCCAGCUCCUUCAAGAGGACAAGUUGCAUCUCAUCUAAGAUGUCUGGUUCUAAAAGUAAGAAGGAUGCAAGAGUGGCUACCCUCUCCUCCUUUUCCUUCCUUGUCCUUGUAUUUCUCUUCCUUUGGGUUGAGUAUAGGACUCAAACUUACACUUGCUGGUCGGGCAUUUGAUGUGGUAAAAGGACAGAAUUUAGGAACAUAUGGAAAGAAAGAGAGGGAAAGGAAGCCUUUGGGAGAUGAAGCAUUAGCUGUAAUGAUCCUCCAUUUAUAUAAAGUUGUAGAUGUUUCAGCAAGCAUUACAUCAUUUUUAUUUCAGGAUAUAGAUUUUGAAGAAGAUUUUGACCCAGCUGCUCAUGAUGCUUAUAUGGAAAAAAUCCUUGGUGAUUCUUAUUAUGAUGAUGGUAAUGUUGAAGAAGAGUUGCCAGAAUUUGAAGAUGAGAUUGAUGAUGGCAAGUAUUUUGACAAUUGGACUCAAUCCAGCAAUGCAGCUGAUGAGUCCCAUCAUGAAGAAGGAGAGGGUGACGGAUAUGAAGAUUAUUAUGAUGAAGAUUUCAAUAUGGAUGCUGACUAUGAUCCAACAAAAGCUGAGGAAGUAGAGAAGAAAAAAGCAUCUUCUAGGCGUAAAGUUAGACGCAGAUCUAUAUUUUCAAAGGCUUUAGAGAAGAAAAAGCCUCUGUUUGAGCCCAGUGAAAAAGACUUUGCUUCAUAUUUUGAUGAGUAUUAUAAGCUGGAUUUUGAAGAUGUUGUUGGAGGAAUUCCAUGUCGGUUCAAAUACAGAAAAGUUGAAGCUAAUGACUUUGGUUUAACAACAGGAGAAAUAUUUACAGCUAAAAACAGUGACCUUAAUAGAUGGGUUGGACUGAAAAAAAUUAUGCAGUACAACCGCAGUAAGGAAUUGGAAUACAGUGAACGACAAAGAUAUCGUGAACGUGCUAAGCAUUUGCAUGUGAAGCAGAAAGUUUUGCCAAGCUUGUUUGACGAAAAUCCUGAGUUGGCAGCUGAAAGGGAACGUGAAAAGAGACGUUUAAAACACUUAAAAAAGAAACAAAAGAAAUGGAAGUUGAGGGAAGGAAUUUUAGAUGAAAAUAGUACUGGUGCUGUUAAGGAAGAUAGAAAAGAAAAUUCAGUUGAUAAUGAAAAGGACAUUCAAGGGAAAAUAGGAACUGGAGUUGAAGAUCCAAGUGAAGUAAUUUCAGAUAAUAAGAAAUUGAAAAAGAAUAAGAAAAUUGAUGAAAAUAUGCAGGUCCAGAAAGAUCAAAAGUCAUUAGAUCAAGACGUGAAUACAAAUGAAAUGGAAGAUAUGUCCAUAUAUGUCACAGAGAGCUUAAGAAAGAAAAAGAAGAAAAAGAACAAGGAACAUAAAGAUGAACAAAGUAUCUAUGAAAAUGAGACUUGGGAUGAAACUGAAAAUAUUGUAAAUGAUAGCACUGGCAAACUACAGACUGAUGAAAUUAUGCCUGAAAAGAAAAAGAGAAAAUCCAGAGAUCGGUCUGCUGAUCCUAGUAAUACAGGACACUUGGUUGUAAGACCUAUUGUGGAAGAGAAAGUAACAGAAAGUCCAAAAAAGAAAAGGAAAAAGAGUAAGGAAACAAAAGAUGAACAAAAUAUCCAUGAAAAUGGUACUCUGGAUGAAACUGAAAUAGGUGUAAAUGAUGAUACUUAUAAACUACAAGCUGAUGAAAAUAUGUCUGAAAAGAAAAAGAAGAAGAAGAAAUCAUCCAGAGAUCAAUCGGCAGAUCCUAGUGAUACAGGGGGAUCAACUGUAAAUCCUAUUGCAGAAGAAAAUGAGAAAAAUAACUCUCAAUAUGAGGCCGUUGUAGAUCAACUUGGUUCAAGUAAAAAGAAAAGUAAAUGUACAGAUCAUAAACCUGGAGCUGAUGUUCAGGCAAAUAUUGAACAGAAAGAUGAAGUAUAUAAGAAAAAGAAGUCUAAAAAGCAUAUGGAAUUUGCAAAGGGCAAUUCCAUCAAAAAGAAGUCCAAAAAGAUAAAUAAGAUGAAACAUUUUAUAAAGAAACAUAAAGGAGUUCCAUACUUUGAAGGUAUUAGUGAUGCACGGCUAGAAGCCUAUGGGCAAAACCCUAAGAAGGUGAAAAAUAGAGUAUUUUAUGGAAAAGACUUUUAAGUUGUACAUAAAAGAUUUUGGCUUUA